UGUGACAAAGUAUUGAAAUUUUCAGCUAUACAACAACUGUUGCUGUUCACACAUUAAUGUGGUUGUAAUCGGCUUAUGUGUAUAGUAGAUUCCGUUGUAUUCAAAUGAGCACAGCAUGUGGGAUUAAGCAACACCAUUCAAAUACAUUGAGAAACGGUUUGCGACGCUCGGUGAGAGCAACAAUAAUGUGAUUUGGUGGGAACUCAUACAAUGAUCAAUCGGAAACAACAAUUUGUUAUGACCAACAUAUUGAGAAAGUAAACGAAGCGUGAAAUGUCGGUGAUAAAUUUAAGCGAAGAACAAGUGUUGGAAUUGUUGGACUGGCCACUGGUUUGCGAUGCGGUGGAACAAUCACUUCGAUCAAUUUGCGAAACCAAAGUGAACGAAGAUCAACCGACGGCAAAACAACCAACUAGAGUAUUCACACCCAUUGAAAAAGGCACUCUUCUGUGUAUGCCCGGAUUUAUCGGCAACUAUAAAUUGAAAAAUCUAAAUGAUUCAAAGGUGUUCAAUUCACUUGGAUGUAAACUUGUGACAUUUUUCAAAGGGAAUCAUGAAUUAAAUCCGCCAAAGCCCAACAUUCUAGGCAAUAUAUUCUUGUUCAGUGAGGAAACGGGUGAAUUGAAAGCAAUCGUACAGGCCAGUGAAAUAACGGCAUGGAGAACGGCUGCCGCGUCACUUGUUGCUACCAAGUAUCUGUUUAGCAAUCGGUCAUCAUCACCGAAAAUGGAUACUGUUGCUAUAUUUGGGUGUGGUGUUCAGGGUCGAAUUCAUGCUAUUGGCUUGUGUGCAACCAAUUCCGUUGACACAAUUCAUUUAUGGAACCGAACAAAAAGUCGAGCCGAGGCACUUGCCGCUGAAUUAAAUCAGUUGCGACAAAGUUUCAAAAAUCCGAACAUUAAAAUCAUAUGCGUCGAUACGGUUGAGGACGGUGCUAAGAAUGCUGAUGUUAUUGUAACUGGUACAUCUACAAGUACCCCAUUUUUGUUCCGGUCAAUGAUCAAAACGAAUGUGCACAUCAACGCGGUCGGUGCUGGUCAAUAUCAUCAUAACGAGUUGAGCGAAGACAUUUACACUGACCCAGACACGAAAAUUUAUGUGGAUAGCAACGAUGGCGCUCGUUCCGAAUUGAAAACAUUAAUCGCACCAAUUGUGUGUGAAGUUGGAGACAUAAUUAACGGUCGGAGUACAGCGCCCGCAGGUGGAAUUACUAUUUUCCAUUCGAUGGGUAUGGCUGUCGAGGAUGUUGCUGUUGGACAAGCAUUGUUCGAAAAAUUCAAAAAAAAAUCACAAUAGCUGGGAAAUUUAUUUCCAACCCCAAAAUCAUUCCAUUAUAUUUUAACACCAGAAAUGAAUAU